AUGCCGAAGCGCUUUCAGCGGUCGCAGUCAGCGGAUGCUUCCGGCGUCAGAGUGUUCACAGAAGUAGCACAAGAGGGGGAGGAGUGUGAGGACGUGCUGACCCAAACUGCGCUGGACGAGAUUCGUCAGCUGAAAAACCCGCCGCUGGCGGUGCGACGGACUCUGGAGGUCAUGCACAUUGUCCUCAAUGCUCAGCGGCACAGCAAAGGCUUGCCCGUGCAGGGCAUCAAGUGGGAGAGUGUGCUCAGGACGUUGGCUGCGGAUGAUUUGGCGGAGCAGUUGGAGACGUACGACAUCAAUCAACUGCGAAGGUUUCCACAUCUUGCACGAGAUCUGCAUGAUUUCUACUUUGAAGAAGGGCUAUGCUACAACCGGCACAAGUCACGGUGCUCGCGCAAAAUGCAAACUUCGAAGAGUAGCUUUCUCCGCCGCGCAGUUACGUCGGAGGAACUGAAGCUCAGUCCCGGCCGAGUUCGUUAUGCCUCACGUGCUGCUGCAACGCUGUUUGCCUGGGCAGCGAAAGCUGUGAUAGAGGCGCUGCUGCCUCCCACACCCCCAAUGCCGCCCACGCCUGAACCAGUGUUGGAAGAUGAGGUGGAAGUACUACCGGAGCUGCUGCUUCCUGGCGAGGCCGAGUCUCCGGUGCAGACACUUACAGCAGGAGUUUGGGCGACUUGCGCGCAGGGCCAUGGCCUUUGCGUGGGCAUUUCAGGUACACCUGUCUGUGCA